ACUGAAAACGACGGUGACAGCUGCAACUGGCGCUCCAAUUUCCCCGGCAAUCGCCUAUCCGGGUGACCACUCUCGUCCGUCACGCACAAGCAGACGCAGCCUUCCAAAUGGACUCUCCCCACCUGCUCCCUCUCCUCCUCCUGGCCGCCGUCCUCGUUCUCCUGGCCGCCGUCGCCCCCUCGUCGGCGACGCCAGGGGUCGGGGUCAUCCGGCUACCGAGCGCCGGGCGAGGGGACCGGGCCUGCACCUCGCCGCCGGACCCCACCAUCUACGACCGACCCGUGAUCGGCAUCGUGUCGCACCCGGGGGACGGCGCGUCCGGGAGGAUCAGCAACGGCACGUCCACCUCCUACAUCGCUGCCUCCUACGUCAAGUUCGUCGAGGCCGCCGGCGCGCGCGUCAUACCGCUCGUCUACAACGAGCCCGAGGAGCGCCUCCUCGAGAAACUGAGUUUGGUGAAUGGUGUGCUGUUUACUGGUGGAUCAGAGAAGCAGGGUUUGUACUUUGAGACAAUAAAAGAAGUGUUUCAGUAUGUUUUGGACAGGAAUGACGCAGGAGAUCCAUUUCCACUGUUUGCACAAUGUCUUGGCUUUGAGCUUGUUAGCAUGAUUGUCAGCAAGGACAAUAACAUUUUGGAGACAUUUGAUGCCCUGAAUCAAGCAUCUACUCUUCAGUUUCCCAGUUAUUCUUUGCUCAAGGGCUCAGUGUUUCAAAGAUUUGACCCUGAACUCAUCAAGAAACUCAGCACCAGCUGCCUUGUCAUGCAAAAUCAUAGAUAUGGUAUAUCACCGAAGAGAUUGCGGGAGAAUGAUGCACUAUCAAGUUUCUUUAAGAUCUUGACCACGUCACCUGAUGAAAACGGCAAGUUCUAUGUCUCAACUGUACAAGCUUACAAGUAUCCAAUCACUUGCACGCAGUGGCAUCCUGAGAAAGCCAUUUUUGAGUGGCGGAAACCAAUAAUUCCGCACAGUGAAGAUGCAGUGCAAGUGUCUCAACAUUUUGCCAAUUAUUUUGUCAGCCAAGCUCGCAACUCUUCAAACAGGCCUCUUGCGGACAAGGUGCUGGACAACCUAAUUUACAACUACAGCCCUACAUUUAGCGGGAAAGCCUCGAAAUCUUUCGAAGAGGUCUACAUCUUCUCCUAAGACUGAAGCGUACGCCUAAGGGUCUUCUGGAAUCACCACUGUAUUGUUAUUGUGUGUUCAGCCUACAUGGAGCUGUACAGAUUCUUGAACUUCUUGUGUUGUAUUGUUAUUCCAAGACGAGGGCAAAAAAGACGCUUAUCCUGCGCCAUUGAUACUUGAUUAGGUAUAUUUUAUUGGCAGACGCAUGUGUAAGAUCUUAAAUUUGAGAAAAUAAGCUCUCACAUGCUUGACAA